UUAGAGCAUUAGAGUCCUUUACUUGUGUUUAAUGGCUUCGUAUCUGUCCUCAUUCUCUUCUCUUCUCUCCCCCGAUUCACACAAGUACGGUACGCCACUAGAGGUUUGUCUCUUUCUUUUAACAGCUGCUUUCCGUUUUUAUUUUUGAGUAAAAACUUUAACUUAUGCGGAGAUGGAUAGCCAGGCCCAGGCAUUGAAAUGGUGAUUGAAUGUGCUUUUACUUGCUGUCUUCUGUUUCUUCCACAACAGUACAAUGGGGGAUCUCUUUACAGUCCAAAAAAACUAUUGGCAUAGCCUUAAAAGAUUCGAGCAGAGAUGCACUUAGAAUUUGUGGCCUUCAUGCGGCUAUUUAAAAGUGAAGGACCUGUGUUCUCUUAUCCUUUAAUUCACCUGUUCCAUUAGAAGAUCAUUUCAUCAUCUAACAGAAAUGUCUGCUCAAAUCAGCAAUGUACACCUAACUGCUCCAAUGCUGCCGGAAAGCAUUGCACCUAUGACUGAUGAGGAAUCAAGGAGAAGUGAUUCCAUUUCAGAUCAAAGUGAUGAUGACAGUGUUGCAACUUGUCGAGUGUGCCAAUGUGCUGAAUCUGACAAAAGAGGAGAUACUUCACUGGGAUUUCUAGGUAUCAUCCCUCCAUCAGGUGAUGCACAGGUUCGAAAUUGGGAGAUUAGGACCAAUCACAGCGAAGAGAAAGAUGGUGAUUACUGUGCUUCAACUGAUCUGAAAGGAUCUAAACUUGUUGAAUUUGUUAGUCCAAGAGGGGAAGUUUUUGUCUGUAAUGCUGAUGUUGAAAUGGGUUCUGAUCAUAACCAGGACACAUUGAUUGAACUUGGAUGUGCCUGUAAAAAUGAUCUUGCCCUUGUACACUAUGCAUGUGCACUGAAGUGGUUUGUCAACCAUGGAUCCACCACCUGCGAGAUAUGUGGAUGCAUAGCAAAACACAUCAGAAUUUCGGACAUCAAGAAAGUUAUAAGCUCUUUGAAAGAGUAUAGUUUGUUAAGGGAAAGGACUGCAAAUGGAGAACAUAUUCCUUCACAGUUGCCAGAAUACUCCAGUGUGGAUCCUGAUGCUGUUGCAACUAUUCAAAGGCAAAGAUUGAGUGAAAUUUCAUUGUGGUUCAAUCCCCAUAACAACACCACUGCUCCUUCACAGGUUGUUAGUGAGCAACCUUCUAUUGUUGCAGAGGAAGUUUUCCCAGCUGAAAACACUGCAACCAAUUGGGCUUUAGAAGGUACUGGGGUACUUCUUGCCACAGGGCUGCUUACUGUUACUCUUGCUUGGCUCAUUGCUCCUCGUGUUGGAAAGACUUGGUUCUGCAUUAUCCAUGAAAACUGCAAAAACUGGUCUGCAUAUUCUCCUUGGAGGUGUUUGUGCUUUAACAGUGGUAGUCUUCUUCCGCUUUUUUGUGUUGACAAGAAUCAGGUAUGGGCCUGCACGCUACUGGGCAAUCCUCUUUGUCUUCUGGUUUCUUGUUUUUGGUAUCUGGGCUUCAAGAACACAUGAUGCUCAUUCAGCCUGAUUCCAGGUGAAACGUUCAAUCAUCUUCUUUCAUUGAGCUAGUGCAGGUAUUUAUUUUUUCGUAUAAAUAUCAUGAUUGUAUACCUCUUUUACUACCAUUUUCUUUUUAAUUUCCUGGGAAAUCCCCAAGGAUAUGGGAAGAGAUCUGUAAAUUUCCAGGUUGUGUACAUAAAAUUAAACUCACUCAGUUGGAACUGCAAUAUAAUGUGUGUAUAUCCAUGUUCAACAUUUCAUUUC